AUGAGUUAUUCACCACCAGCGCCCUUCAAUAUAACCACGUUUGCCUUGCCUCCGAACUUGGAACCUAACGACGCCAGCCCAGACUGGUUGAACAAGGGUGACAACGCGUGGCAGCUUGUAGCUGCAACGCUUGUUGGACUUCAGAGUGUUCCAGGGCUGAUCAUCUUGUACGGUGGAGCCGUCAAGAAGAAAUGGGCUGUCAAUUCGGCUUUUAUGGCUCUGUAUGCAUUUGCAAUGGUUCUUGUUUGUUGGGUUUUAUGGGGUUAUAGACUUUCUUUUGGGGACAAACUUAUUCCCAUUUGGGGAAAGCUUGAUGUUGCUGUAGAGCAAAAGUUUCUUUUAGAAAGGGCGUUUGUUGGAAUGUUUCCAAACGCAACUAUGGUCUUUUUUCAGUUUGUUUUCGCUGCUAUCACUUUGAUUCUGAUAGCAGGUGCAGUUUUGGGACGGAUGAAUUUUUACGCGUGGAUGUUAUUUGUUCCACUUUGGCUAACCUUUUCUUACACCGUUGGCGCAUAUACAAUUUGGUCUCUUAAUGGUUGGUUAGCUUUGAUGGGAAUAAUUGACUAUUCAGGUGGUUAUGUGAUCCAUCUUUCUUCAGGAGUAGCUGGUUUUACUGCUGCUUACUGGGUUGGUCCACGAUUGACGAAGGAUAGAGAAAGAUUUCCCCCAAACAACAUUAUUCUUAUGUUAGCCGGUGCUGGCCUUUUAUGGAUGGGCUGGACUGGUUUUAAUGGUGGUGACCCUUAUUCAGCUAGUGCAGAUGCUUCCUUAGCUGUUCUCAAUACCCAUGUGUGUGCUGCCACCAGCCUAUUAACUUGGCUCAUCCUUGACGUCGUGUUCUUCAAGAAGGCUUCUGUAAUUGGUGCGGUUCAAGGCAUGAUCACCGGUCUAGUCUGUAUUACCCCUGCAGCCGGUGUGGUUCAGGGAUACUCGGCGAUAAUAAUGGGACUAUUGUCAGGCUCGAUUCCAUGGUUCACCAUGAUGGUGGUGCACAAGAGAUCCAAGCUUCUCCAGCAAGUCGACGACACAAUGGCUGUCCUACACACACACGCAAUAGCCGGAUCCCUAGGAGGAAUUCUCACGGGCCUAUUUUCAGAGCCACAUUUGUGCUACUUGUUCUAUGGAUUCCCAGCUAAAUACAUGGGAUUAUUUGUAGGUUUGCACCGCGGGACCUCAGAAAGCAUUCGUCAUGGUGUUAGACAGAUGGGUGUUCAAUUACUCGGUAUCUUAUUUGUGAUCGUGCUAAACGUUAUUAUGACAAGCUUAGUGUGUUUGUUUGUGCAACUUUUCGUGCCAUUGAGGAUGUCGGACGAGGAUAUGGAAAUUGGUGAUGAGGCGGCUCACGGGGAAGAGGCAUAUGCUAUUUGGGGACAAGGUGAAAGGCUUGAAAACUCGAGGUUUUCGAAUUAUAACGAUAUCGAGGUUCCAACCAAGCGUGCGGGUUCGGUUGAGUUGACAUGA